AUGAUAAUAUUUGAAUUACACUGCGAUCGAUUUAUCCCAAAUAAUGCAAACGAUCAACAGUUCCAAUGCAGUAAUAUUAGGAAUCAAGAAACUGGGAAGGGUCAAAUUUAUUAUCAUAGUUCCGAACUAGAAUAUCAAGACAAAUUGGCAUAUGCGUGUGGACUGGCAAUCGAGAACCGUAUAUUGGCAUUUAAGAUUGAAAAUCACCAACAACAACAUCAUCAAGCUAAUUAUCAAUGUCAAAAAAAUGAUUUACUAAAACAAGUUUAUGGUUGUCAAUCAAAAUAUUAUAUCAAAAAUCGUAUAAUACCGACAAACCCUGAAUUGAUUCUUGAUGCACCAGGAAUAGUUGACGAUUAUUAUUUAAAUUUAUUAGAUUGGAGUAAUAAAAAUAUGGUGGCAAUUGGUUUGAAUGAGGGUGUUUAUUUGUGGAAUGCAGAUACUGGGGAGGUAAAUGAGCUUUCCAACAUUAGUAGUAUUAUUGAUAAUAACAUUUCUAGUCUUUCUUGGUCUGAAGAUGGUGAUCAUCUUGCUGUGGGAUUGAGUGAUGGAGAUACUCAAAUAUGGGAUAUUUUAACUGCUCAAAAGGUCAGAUCAAUGAGUGGUCAUGCUACUCGUGUAGGUGUUAUGGCAUGGAAUAGACAAAUUAUUGCUUCUGGUUGUAAGGAUAGUAGUAUUUGGAAGCAUGAUAUUAGACUUGCACAACAUAAAUUUGCAGAAUUGCUUGGACAUACUGGUGAAGUUUGUGGUUUGAAAUGGAGAAGUGAUGGCGAACAAUUGGCUAGUGGAGGCAAUGAUAAUAAAGUCAAUAUUUGGGAUGCAAAAUCAAGUGUUCCAAAAUUUACUAAAACCGGCCAUAAAGCUGCCGUCAAGGCUAUUGCAUGGUGCCCUUGGCAAAGAAAUUUGCUUGCAACAGGCGGAGGAUCAGCAGAUCGUCAAAUUCAUUUCUGGAAUACAGAUACAUUAGCACAACUGAAAUCGAUUGAUACCCAGGCACAAGUUACAUCAAUUGUUUGGUCAAAUCACUACAAAGAGGUAUUAUCAACUCAUGGAUAUCAAUUUACAAUCUGGAAAUAUCCUUCGCUAAAGAAAGUUAUUGAUGUUAAAAAUGCACACGAGAAUCGUAUUUUACAAUCUGCUUUGAGUCCUGAAGGGGAAAUUGUAGCAACUGUGGCAGGUGAUGAGUGUUUGAAAUUUUGGCGUAUAUUUCAGAAGCAGAGAAAAACUAAGAAUGGUGGCACUGACGAUGACGACGAUGAUGACUAUGAUAAAAAAGAUUUGAAUAAUUUGAAUUCAAUUAGAUAA